GCCGCAAACAAUGGAGGCCAUGGAUGCCAGCAUCGAGCUCAAGCCGCAGCUUCAGAACCUGCCCUCUGGUGGUAGUGAAAAAGGUGAAUGCAGGGCAAUCGAGCGACCGAUGACGCGUUUCGAGCGUUCGCAGUCCUAUGGUGGGUGGGAGGAUACACAAGUAGCAAGUGUCUGUCGUGCACGCAACGUUCACCAACCAACGGCUCGCUCGUCAUCAUUGGUGAACGUUGCGUGUACGAGGUGCUCCAUCAUCCUUACGCACAGAGUGGCCACGUCACUGGAUUUCUUCCCUUGGUUUUUCCCUUGCAGGCAUCGACUGUGAGGAUGAACUUAUAUGGCAGAACUGGACGGUCGGCGGUGAGGUGAAGAAGCGGCUGGUGAUCCGGAAUGUCAGCCUGGUCACCCAGACAGUGCAGUACAAAGUGCCCAAGACCAAGCUCUUCAACAUGGACUUCCCCCAGACUAUCAAGCUGCCGCCCGGGAUGGAGAAGGUCCUCAUCGUGGCCUUCAGGCCCAUCAUGUACCAGCCGUACGUCGACUCAAUCGAAAUCAUCACCAAGAAGGGCACCUUCCACGUGGCCGUCAAGGUAGGCACUCAUGCAUUCAUGGGGUCGAAUGGCUGUCGGUGCAUCCCUGUGUCUGCCGGCCAGGCGCUUGUGAGGGAGGCUUCCCUCACCGUCCCAGAGGGCGUGGAUUUCGGUCUCUGUCCCGUGAACGAAGUGACGUCCGUGCCCAUCUACGUCUACAACACGGGCACCCUCCCCUGCCGCUUCCGAUGGCACUCCCUCCCUCCAUUCUCUGUCUCCCCAGCGGCCGGCUGCGUGCCCGUCAGGGGGGCCGUCGAGUGCACCGUGUCCUUCACGCCGGACCGAGCAUCGGUUUACGACGCGACGGUCACUUGUCACGGCCGUGCUGAUGACGGCACAGAUGUUGAUGUGCUGGAGAUCGAGGCUCACGAAGAGGGCCAAGGAGGCCUGUUGCGGCAGAUGGGUGUGACGGGCAUCGCCAAGGUGGCUCACUUGAAGCUGCCCCGCAGCGCCGCGCCCGAGAUCCAUUUCGGGUGUGCAGCCCCGGGGGUGCGGCAGGAGACCAAAAUGUUGGUGCAGAACACAACACCCGUGAGGACGUCGUUUGAGGUGUGCGCCGCGUCGGGCCCUCAUGAGAUCGCUCCCCUGCCUCCUUUGCCCUUUCGUGUGACCCCUACACGGGGCGUCAUCCCUCCUGAGGGCACUCUCGAGCUGAAAUUCGCCUUCCAGAGCUGGACGGUCGGGGAGACAUCGCGGCAGAGAUUCCAGGUGGAUGCGCCCCAGAAUAAUCAGUGGAGAGUGCUGUCGGCAUCCGUGUGUGUGUGUGUGUGUGCCCAGGUGCGGAUGAAGAGCGGAGUGCCUCUCUGUCUCACGUGUGUGGGGCACAUCGACCCCCACCCCGUCACCAUUUCGACACCCAAGCUCUCAUUCGGCGACGUACCGACCGGCAAAAGGGUCGGCAUACCUACCGAGCGCAUGCCUAUCAUUACUAGUCUUUCUCUGCCUGCCUGCCUGCCUCUCUGCCUGCCUUGCAGACGUCCCGUGUGUUUCAGCUGGAGAACGGCAGCCCGCUGCCGCUGCCGUACCACUUUCCCCAGAUGGACCCCGCUGGCACGUCUGUCUUCUUCCUCGACCGGCCCUCGGGCGUCGUUCCGGCCUCCUCCUUCAUCAACAUGACCAUGUACGGCUGGCCCACCGCGGCAGCCAACUACUUCAAAAGGUUCUACUGUCUCGUCAAGGGUACCGAGGGGCCGCUGACCCUCGAUGUCGUCCUGACCUGCUUUGAUCCCGCUCCCAAUGCGCCCAGCCGCCCGGCGCCACUCGCCAUUAGCCAUGUGUGGUCCUUCCGGUGAGUAGCGGGGGAAAGAGCGCUCCGGCUGGCCGUCACGUGUGGAUGUUUGUUUUCCCAUGUGUGAAGUAAGAUGCAGCUUGGCGGCCAGAGAGAGUUCCCGAAGGACGUGCCGCCGCCUGAGAGAGAGGGCGAGACGGCGGUUGUGGCGCCACCUGAGGAGACCCCCACUGCCCUUUACAUGGACCUGCUGCUCGAUGACGCUUCAUCUCUUAGGUGCAUCACCUGGACCGAUCAUGGGAAAAAGACAUACAACGUUGAUUGCAUUGCUUUCUGGCUGGUGUGUGUGCGUGUAGGGACAUAUGUGUGUCGCCUGAUGUGCUCGACUUCGGUUCCUGUUCGCCUCUGACCAUGUCACAGCCACGUGUCGUCACGGUGGCCAACCAGACGUCGCAGAAGGUGUCGUGCGUGUGGCUCAUCCCAGAGCAGACAAAGCCGCCGCUCGACAAAGGCGAUGCGGCGCCCUUCGUGGUGCUCCCGGAGCAAAAGGACAUCCUGCCGCACUCAAGCACGGACUUCAAGUCAGUGAGCCACUCUGCAUAUCAGCACGGCAAAACUCACACACCAUCAAUCCAGCCAGCCAUUCGUCUUGUGUCUCUCUGUCUGAUGAAGGGUGUGCUAUCGGCCGUCAGCCGUGGGCACCUUCGACACCGCCCGUCUGGAGGCCAACGUGUACCCCAAGGUCAACCGCUCCUUUCGUUUGGUGGACGCGCACCGGUUCACGCCUCCUUGGUCGGCCGGCUGCCUCGCCAUGGGCAACUCCUUCGUCGCGGGGGCGAACAAGUACGUGCCGCACAGCGAACUGUCCGAGACGGCCAUCCGAUUCAGGCCAUGUGCCAUUGGUCCGUGAACGGCGUGAAUGGGUGUGUGGGUGGGUUUGUGAGCCUUCCGCUCAGAAGGCAAUGGUCAUGGUGUUGUUGAGUGGAUGUUGUUUUGUGUGUGCGCAGGUGAGGGGCGGUAUCACGUGCUGCAGCUGCGCAACCAGUCGGACACGCCAAUGUCGUACCGCUUCCGGGACGCUCAGCUGGCGGCCAGGCUCCCGUCGACGGAGGACGAAUCGGCCCUCCCGCCGUCAAACCCUUUCAUAUUCAGGUAGCCGAUGAAGAGGCCACGAGUGGGCCACAGAGGGAUAACACGCCCUGUGUGGCGUCUUUCUCAGGGCGUACCCCAAGUGCGGCUGUGUCCCGCCCCACACCUUCCAUCUGCUGCUGUUCGAGUUCCGCCCCACGCAGGCCGCCAACACCACCCCCCUCACCGCCACCUUCCAGCUCGUCCUCAACGAAGAUGACAAGUCUGUCCUGCCCAUCGCUGUCGCAGGCCGCGCGUGGAUGCCGAAAGGCGUCCUGGCACAUGGCAAAUCUGAAAUGGUCAGUCAGACGCAGAAUGGCAAGUCGUGCCUCGUUUCCAUUCAUUUGUGAUGCAUGGCAUGCCAUGACAUGUAUGUGUGUGUACAGUUUUUCCCUCCGACAUGUGCAGGGGUGGCGGGUACGGACGUGGUGCCCCUCCGCAACGCCACCGAGAUCCCCCUGACGUUCUCGUGCCGCCUGCCGCCCAAGGCGACGCCCCACUUCACUCUCCCCUGCCCCAGUGGCUACCUGGGGCCGGCAGAGGAGGUGUCGCUGCCGUGCCAGUUCUACCCCGCUGAAGCCAAGACAUAUGCCACACCCCUCUAUGUGGCUCUACGCGCCGCAGCAGAUGACACACAGGCGAGACGAGGCGAGACACAGACGAGCCCUCGGUCGAUAGGGGAACGUCUGUGUUGUUUGGGUGCCUUGCAGGCGGUGUUGGGUCCGCUGAGGCAGCUGGUGACGCCCCCGCCCGCGCCCUCCCCCCGUAGUUGCGAGUUGGCGCUUCGUCUGGUGGGUCAGGCGACCGGCCCUGUGCUGUCUGUGUCGCCAUGCGACGUUGACCUCGGAGACGUCGCGGCGCUCGAUACUGUCGAAGGACAGGUGGGAAGGGAAUUGGCAUCACUGUCUGGUGCACACACAUGUGUGUGUGUGGGUUUGUGCAGGUGACGCUUCACAACAACUCGACGUCGGCCAUCUACUACACGGUUGAGGUGCAGUUCUGCCCCCAGGAGCCAUCCGACGACCUGUUCGGCCGAUCCACACCUCCACCCAUAGGGCCGCCCUCCGCAUUCGACCAGCCCCAUGACACCGAAACCAACACGGGUAGAGCAAGCGUAAUGGAUGAUACGUCGUGCAUGUGGGAUUUUUGUUUACUGCAGAGCCCGCCGGCACUGCAGCAGCGGCAGCUGCCGCAGCUCCGCCCCAGCACCCCCACUCGCCGCCUUCCCCCCUGCCCCCUCCAUGCGAUGACGAGCUCAACCAGCUGGACAGGCAGCAGACCAGGGGCUCCGUCUACUGGGACCAAGACAGGUCCAGACAAGCCGACGGGGCACUGCGCGUGGCGGCGGGUACAGAGGGCGAUGGCGUCAUAGAGGGCCGCUGCACCGAGAGGAUCCGCUUCACUUUUGCGCCGAUGGUCCGGGGGCCCCAUCAGUACUGCGUCAACGUGGUGCCGUUCGCGCAGCCCUCAGACAAGUUCCUGGAGCGGCGACAGCUGACGUUUCCCAGGAACACCCACCACCGCAGUGAGACGGGAGCAGACACACACUCGCACAGAGGAGUCAUGGAUGGAUGGAUGGAUGUGUGCAGGCGAGCGGCGACCCGAGACAGAGGAGACACUUGCAAUGGAGCUGCAUGCCAGCACCUCGUCGUCGAUGGAGAUGGACGCCAUGGCUGCCGAGGCAGGUGGUGGUGCGUCGCUGAGGCCGCGCACCCGCAGCGUCCACGCGGCUCACGGGGUCAAGUUCUGGGUGGGAGCCAACGUCAUGCACCCAUUCUUCCAGAUCGUCGACAUCCGCUGCACCACCGCCGCCCUCUCGCCCUCCCACCUGUGGGCCUCAUUCCAGGCAGACAACAUCAACAGGCUCUUCCGCAGCGAAGUGACGGACGGUGAGCGUGCCUUCCUGCACGCCAAGGGCAUCGACGCGCGCAAGCGGCAGCUGCGGCAUCUGCAGAGCUUCACGCUCGACUGCGGCGCGUUUCCCAUGGGCGGCGUGCCCCCCUACUUCACCCUCACCCUGCACAACCCCGCCCCAGUUGACGUGUCCUUCCGCUUCCUCACCCCCAAGAAGUUGAGCCUCGAGGACAUUCCCUUAUGGGCCGAUGACCUGGACAUACAGGGGCAGAUGCAGGGGUCGGAGGAGGCGCAUUACGACUUUGUGGAGUCGAAGCGGCUGUUUGAGGUGUCCCCUGCCGCCGGGCGCAUCUCUGCCCGGGGCUCGAUGCAGCUGCGGCUGGCGUACCACCCACUGAAGGAGGGCUCACAUGUGCUGCCGGUGGUGCUGAGUGUCGACAAGGGACACUCGGUGCUGCUCUACUUGACCGCUGCGGCCAUCAUUUACGGUGUGCCCAAGCUGCAAGUCAGGGCGUCAAUAAUGGUAUGUAUGGUGAGGGCGACCUCUAGAGGGUCAGUCGUCUUGCUGGUGGUGAGUGUCCUUGUCUGUCUGUCUGUCUGUCUGUCCGUGUUGGUGCAUGCCAUGCAGCACCUGCAGCCGGUCCCUCUGUCGAUGAACCCCGGCCCCGUCCAGGCGGUCGAGGUGUACAACCGGGGGUCGAGUGCCUCCCACUGGCAGCUCGACCCCUCCUCACUCUCCGACCUCUGCCGCGACAACUUCAGCUUCCAAAUCCUCCAGUGCCAGCCGCUCUCGGGCGUGCUGCAGCCCUUCACCACCACACACAUCCACUUUGUCUUCACGCCGCUGGAGGCCAAGACGUACACCUGCCCAAUCACCAUACGCACACACAAAGAUGACACACCAGAAGCGACGGUAAGUGGCGGAUGGGAGAGGGGGCAGGGGAGGGGAGAAGAUCAUCGACAGCCUACAUACCUAGGUGUGUGCAGGUGUUGGACACGCUGACGUUUGAGCUGCACAUGGAGGGUUACCAGCAGCCUGCCGACGGGUCCGCCCCAAGCGCCCUGCCGUGCGUCGACCGCAAGUUCCCCCCCACCCUGCCAGAUCGCACCUUCACCGCCCCCCCAAGAUGUGCUGCAUUCACCUCCCUCGACGCAGUCAAGUUCUGGAAAUGCCCACCAAAGUAAGCGCAGCACAGCACAGCACGGACCAAUCCAUACACUCACUGGUCAUGAGAUUGUGUGUGUGUCAGUGCGUUUUGUCACCGGCUGCUGGUGUUGUCCAACACGAGUCCGCGGUACGAGAUGCACUUCAGGUGGGACCAGCAGGGGCUGCUCGGCGGAGACGACAACCAACUCGUUAUGAUAGUCCCUUCACAGGGUCAGCCAACCACCACCCACCCUGGCAACCUCAACGAGCCACCCCAGACAGACAGACAGACAGACAGACAAACAGAUGCACACAUACGUCUCCACGUGUGUGUAUGUGUCGUCUUUCUGCCUGUCUGACUGCCUGCAGGUGUGCUGAGGAGCGGCCACCACUGUUUGGUGCAUUUCAUCCUGGCGCUCGACGACCAGCCGCUGGACAUAUCGGGCGAGGUCGCGUGUCGCGUCGAAUGGGUAGCCGCACCCACAACCACCAACGGCGAAGGCAAUGGGCGCACCUCACUCAAGAGGAGGCCAUCGAGAGGUGGGUGGGUUAACGGGGGGCACACAGGCGCGCCGUAUGUCUGUGCGCCGUGCCAUGCAGACGACCCCCAUGAGGUGUUUGCGACCCACAAAGUGCACGUGCACGAGCCAGUCUACUCGAAGCUCGACCCCGCCUCACAGCAGCGCACCGGACCGCACCGGUCGGUCGUCAGCCGACUCACGCGCUCGCGCUACUUCGCACUCAGGGCCACCAAGGGGGGCCAGAGAUGCCUCGAGAACCAGGUAGGUACUGCUGGGAAGAAAGACAACCAGCCGCUGCAUGCCCAUGUGGUGGGUUGGCAUGGAUGUCACUUAGUUCGAUUCUGAGUUCACCAAGGUGUCGAGUAGCCACGACAGCAAGGGCCGCUCCAACGCGUCGGCGGCCGCCACGGUGGGCGACGAGGACGUUCUCGAGGACCCCACACAAGUCGGCGCCACUCUGCCCUCCAAGGCGCCUCUCUACGUGCGGGUGGAGGUCCUCGCCGGCUCGUUCACUUGCGAGGGAGGUGAAGCGGACGACAGAUUUGUGUGUGUGCCGCCGCUGGCUCUACCCAAUUACGAUGAGUUGGUGGUGGGGUCUGAGGAGGUGAGCCCCACGGCCACGGACGAGUCGGCCGACAUGGCCAGCAGACGAUCCUCCAAGAUGCCCGACAAUAAGAGGAAACAGCACCUGGAGGUGCCAUCGGUAGGUAGGCCCAGGGAUAUAACCACAGGGUCUCCUUUCUCGCAGGCAGAGGAGUAUGUUAUGUGUCUCGUUGGCGCAGGAGUAUGAGGCCGCCGCUACCCACGAGGAGACCGACACCUCCCCCAGUGCAUCCACCUCCCCCCGGCCACACGAGCAUACGGACGCCUUCCACUCGCUGCCUCUCGCCGAGCGGGCGGCACCCGUCAUCCAGCACAUCUUCACGGAGCUCUUCAGGGCGGCGCUGGCCGACCCCAGUCUGCCGGGGCUGAUCCAGGACAUGCUCCGGCAGCCACCGCCCCUCUGCCGGCAGUUCCACGACUCGCCCGCGCCCACUCCGCCACCCGUCGACCCUUCAUUUCCUCUUGAGGAGAAAGGCGGAGAGCGGGCGCUUGAUUUGGCACACCAAGGGGAAGUUGAGACGACACAUGCGACUGCAGAUGCGGAUCAAGUGGUCGAGGAAGGGCAAGAACAGCAGCAGCAGCAGCAGCAGCAGGAGAGCGGGCCGCCAGACGAGCGGCUUGAGCAAGAGCAUGACGAGGAAAUUGGAGAAGAGGAGGCUCCAAGAGAGGAGGGCGAGGAGACAUCACCUGACGAGCAGGAGCAUCACGACGCAGAUGAGCAGGGCCCAGAAGAAAGCGAGAAGCCCCCACAAGCAGCGACGGAAGAGGCCCCGGCUGCAGCAGGCGAGCAGCCGAUGGACACCAGCUUGCUGCAUCACAACUGGUCACCUCUGACGAUGGACUACUUCGGAGACAACCCCAGCCACAUCACCGAACUCAGGGUAGGCUAUCCGUCAACCUCCACAUACGCAUGACAGACACCGACACAACGUGCGACACCGACCGAUUGGUUUUGGGUCGGUUGGGUUGAUCGAUCAGGAGCAGCUGCAACGGCGAAGGGCGUCUGCGGCGAGUGUGGAAGAGGAGAUCGUCGAGAUGGGUUGGGGGGACCACGGCCGGCGGCCUUUGCGUGAGUUGGCCAUUGAGCUUCAGAGUCUGCCGACUGUCUUGUCGGAGAUCUACCGUGAGAUGUUGGCAGAGCUGCUGCAGGACAUUAUCGAUAAGAGGACGCCACUUGCUGAGUAGCGAGCACCUGCGUGGGCGCUGUGCGCGUGUCCACGAAAGUGUGUCCUCGAGGUGUGUUGCGUGAGUUUGUGCUCAAUCGCUAUAUAAAGCUGGAUGCAUCCAUGUUAGCUGACAGUGUCAAGGAUCGAAGGACCUGUG